AUGUCGAUUUCCACAUUUUUGGGCUGUAAGAUUUCGGUUCCGCCAUUGUUGAACUCAUCUGCAAGCAAAGCAGCUCCAUGCUCCGGCGGAAAUUUGCUGAUUGAAUGUUCGUCGAGGCCAAACAAGAAGGCGACAGCACAUCACAUGAAAACAAGGCCAAAGAAAUCUCAGCCAUGGGACAUUCGGCGUAAGCCGACUGUGUACCCUCCUCUGCCGCCUCUUCCACCAGACUGGACCUUGAUUUCAUCCGUCUCCGGCGAUGAAAAUGUCGAGAUAGUCUCGACUUCUUCAUCUGCUCAAGCACCGCUUACUAGCGAGUAA